UUUGUUUUUUCUACCGCACGUGCUCACUUACAAGCGUGAUCGGUUCGCAGUCUGACAGAAUACGUCUCUGUUUUCGGCCUUGGGGCAUCUUUGUCCGUAAGUUUGGCUUGUUUUGUGUUAUAAUAUCGUUUUCUUGUAUUGUUAUAAAUAUCUGAAGGUUGGAACGGUGGUUUUGGCGCAUUCGCGGUGUUGCUUAUUGCUAGUUUCUUUGCUAGCUCCGUCCUGUGUUUGGGCUGGGUAGUGGGGCUUUUAUUUUUGUCGUAACAUGCACGAUUUGUUAAUACACAUCUUUUGUGUGUUUGUUGCAGUUUUACAAAAAAGGAAAAACGGAAAAAAGAAAAAGACAAAGAGACAAAUGUGGAAAUAAACGUCCGUAAAGACAAGUCUUUUCCAUAUGGUCGUGUGGACUCUCUUUUUUUGUAUGUUCGCUAUCUGUCUAGCCCUGGUAGAGACGCCAUCGUGAGGACAGAAUAGUCCUAGUUUAGUCUUAGUUUAAUCCUGCUUUAGUCCUGCUUUUAGUCCUGCUUUUAGUCCUGGUUUAGCCCAAAAUGUGAAAACAGAAAAAUACCGCCCCGUAAUCCAUUUAUUUCAACAAAGUAACUGUAAUCUAAUUACCACUCAUUGAAACAGUAACUGUAACCGAAUACAGUUACUCAUAAUUUGUACUCUGAUUACGUAACUCCGGUACAUGUAAUCUGUUACUACCCAACACUGCAUUUCAGUAUUCUUAAAAAGAAUAACUACAUCUUUCAGUGUGGAAUGCAUUUUUCAAUAAUGAUUGUUGAAAUGAAUGUGUGACAUACGUCAUCAGAACAAUAAUCCUUUAACCUGUUACCACCCGCCUCAUUUUGGUGUGUGCACAAUGGUAAGACAUACCCAAAUGUCAUAGCUUAUUAAAAAGAAAACCUUAGAACCCACAUGCUUGUGUGAGGCACCAUUUUAAAGCUUAGGCCUUCUAGUUUCUGUAGAUAUGUACAUGAAGACUGUGAGUGCUGCCUAACCUACAGUACAGUCAAUUAAAAUUGAAAAAAAUUGUAUUUUUUUGCUUCGAAAAAAAAAUGAAAAAAAUUAAAGGCCUUAGCUUGGUCAUACUUCAUGCUAGACAUUUGUGACUCACUACACUCGUUGUUCAAGUUGUUGGCAACAACUGUGUAGAAUUUCAGACCUCUAGGACAAAGGGUUUUGAUGCUGUGAGCCUUUGUGUAUACAAAAUGACAAUUCGGCACAAGAUUGCCAAAUUUGUGCCAAAAUAAUAAUAAUAUAAUAAUAAUAAUAAUAAUAAUAGUUAUUAUUAUAAUACUAAUUCUUCUGAGCUUUAGGCAUGUCUUCUCAUGAAAAAAAACUAAAAGUAGCCAAAAUUGUCCUCCAAGUGAAAGAUCUGCCCAAUAUGGCACCGCCUGCACUGCUCCCUGUCUCCCUCGCCUUUACGCUUAUAAACACAGGCUCCGUUUCCAAUACAAUCUGAAUGUCCCACCCACCGUUUGAAAGCUCUGGUGAUAGGCUAAAACAAUAUGUCAAUCACUUUCUGGAAGAUCCAACUGAAGAGAUUUCCCGUAAACAAACUGAUGACGCGUGCGUAAAGGUAGGAAGUACGUGAGUGCGUUAGCUUCUUCAGCGGCUUGCCCCGCCUAAACCCCGCCACCGACAACAGCGGGGAGGGUCUCAUUUUGAAGCUAAGAGUGUGAGGAAAACAAGCGCACCCAAGAGCGGGAGAGAAAGGGAAGUCACAGAGCGGAAGAAGAGGCGGAGGAGAGACAUAAUAUUUUCAUUCACGGAUUCAUCCACUCAUACGGACGACGAUUUUCUGGAUUAUUCCCCCACAUGGAAUUAUUUUUUGGAAAAACAACUUGAUAUUCUUUUUCUGUGGAUUAUUACGGAUUUAUUGAGUACAACUUUUCAUGGAUUGAACGCGUUUUGGACCGACAGAACCGGCUCAAAGCAUGGAGGCUGCCCAUGUGCAGGAGAAGGAGGAGGAGGAGGAGGCACCAGCUUCAUCCAAACUCAAGAAGCCAUGUUCCUCUUACACUCAUGUAGAGAGUGUGAGCCAGAGAGAAGUGUCCAGCUGUGUGUCUCUGAAGAGUGAGCGCUCCAUGCCUCACCAUCCAGCCUUCCCCUUGGAGCCUAGACCUGCACACACACAACUUGUAGAGAGUGUGAGCCAGACAGAAGUGUCCAGCUGUGUGUCUCUGAAGAGUGAGCGUUCCAUGCCUCACCAUCCAGCCUUCCCCUUGGAGCCUGGGACAGAACAAACACUGCAGGAAACCGCUGCUCCAGGCCCGUCUUCAUGUCCUUUGUGUGGAGGUGUUCUGAGAGGUUCAGACUCUACCAGUCAUGAAUCCUGGUGCAGUUGUGCCACUUCAGGCUGGGACACUUUACAAAGUGAGCACAAGAGGCACCUGGAGCAGAGCUGUGAGAGUGUGUCUGAAGGAGCUCAAAAAGAAAGAACUUCUCUGAGCAGAAUCUACACAGAGCUGUACAUCACUGAGGGCCACGCUGAGGAGGUGCCAACUCAACAUGAGGAGAUGCAGCUGGAGACGCUGUCCAAGAGAACUGUCCACCACACUGCCAUCAGGUGCCAGGACAUCUUUAAACCCCUACACUUGGCUGACAACAACAUCCGAGUGGUGCUGACAUAUGGGGUGGCUGGAGUGGGGAAGACCUUUUCAGUUCUGAAGUUCACUCUGGACUGGGCCCAGGGCAUGGAGAACCAGGAGCUGGCACUACUGGUGCUUCUGUCCUUCAGAGCACUGAACCUGGUGAGGGAGGAGUGCCGCAGUCUGCUCCAGCUCAUACAUAUGUUCCAUCCAUCUCUCCAGCAGCUCUCUGCUCACACUCUGACACACAGUAAAGUACUCUUCAUCUGUGAUGGCCUUGAUGAGAGCAGACUGGCUCUGGACUUCAGUUCAGGGGUCAUCACAGAGGUCACACAAAGAUCAGAGGUCAGUGUGCUGCUGGUCAAUCUCAUCCGAGGCACUCUACUUCCUAAUGCCCUUAUAUGGAUUACGUCCCGCCCAGCAGCAGCCAAUCAGAUCCGGGCGCAGUAUGUCCACAGGGUGACAGAAGUGAGAGGCUUCACUGAUGACCAGAAGAAGGAGUACUUCAUGAGGAGGUUCUGUGAUGAAGAGCAGUGUAAGAGCGUGCUGUCCCAUAUCAAAAGCUCGCGCAGCCUCCAUGUCAUGUGUCAGAUCCCAGUCUUCUGUUGGAUCACAGCCACCGUCCUGGAGCAUCUGCUGAGGAGCGAGCAGUGUGGAGCACUUCCACAGACACUCACUGACAUGUACUCCAGCUUCCUCCUAGUGCAGACUCAAAGGAAGAGGAAGUACAGAGACACAAGCUGUGGACCUGAGCUCACUACAGAAGACUGCGAGCUGCUCCUGAAGCUGGGCCGACUGGCCUUUAAGCAUCUACAGCGAGGAAACAUCAUGUUCUACCAAGAAGACCUCCAGAAGGUUGGACUGGAGGAGGUGGACACACUGGUGCACUCAGGACUCUGCACAGAAAUCUUUAAACAAGAGAGUGUUUUUGACAGAGCAGUCUACUGCUUCAUCCAUCUGAGUGUUCAGGAGUUUCUGGCUGCUGUUUACACAUUUCACAGGUUUAGAACCCACACAAGUACACUGCAGAGGAUUCUCACAUUAUUCAGACUCAACUCUAGACUAGAGGACUUCCUUAAAAAGGCAUUACUAAAGUCUUUCCAGAGUCCCAGCGGCCACCUGGACCUGUAUGUGCGCUUCCUGCACGGCCUGACUCUGGACUCAAACCAGAGGCGCCUGGGAGCUCUGCUGGGCCCUGCACUCACACACUCAGACAGCAGGAACAGUCUCAUCCAUAAUCUGAAGGAGAUGAGCACCAAAAGCUCUCCUGACAGGAGUCUGAACAUCUUCCACUGUCUGACAGAGCUAAAGGACCACUCAGUGCAUCAGCAGAUCCAGGACCUCCUGAGGUCAGAAGACCGGUCAGAGAAGCUCUCCGUGGUCCAGUGCUCAGCCCUGGCCUACAUGCUGCAAGUGUCUGCGGAGGUCUUGGAAGAGCUAAACCUACACAAGUAUAAAACAUCUGCUGAGGGACGUCUGAGACUGCUCCCAGCCGUGAGAAACUGCACAAGAGCUGUGCUCUCUCAGCUGGAGCUGUCAAAGCCUCACUGUGACAUCGUGGUGUCCGCUCUGAAGGCAGACCCAUCUCUGCUCCGAGAGUUAGACCUGAGCAAAAACACAAACAUCAGCUCUGUGAUGAACAGUUUGUGUAAAGGACUCGCCAGUGCCAACUGCCGCCUGGAGACCCUGAGAUUGAAAGACUGCAACUUGUCCGAGUCUAGCUGUUUUUCUCUAGGAUCAGCUCUGAAGCUGAAUCCAUCUUAUCUAAAAGAACUAGACCUGAGGAAUAACUGGGACAUGAAGGACUCUGGAGUAGAUCAUCUGUGUGGGUAUCUGAGGAGCCCGGACUGUCGGCUGGACACGCUCAGGCUGAGCAGCUGCAGCUUGUCUGAGCGGAGUUGUGCGUCCUUGGCCUCGGCUUUGAGUUUGCGCCCUUCCCACCUGCGACUGUUGGAUGUGGGCUGGAACAGACACCUGGGGGACCCCGGGGUGCAGCGCCUCUGUGUGUAUCUGCAGAGCCAGGACUGCGGCCUGGAGAUUCUCAGGCUGAACUGGUGUGGCGUGUCCGGCCCCGGCUGCUCCUCUCUGGCUCUGGCCAAACCUUCAUCUCUCACACACCUGGAUCUGGGAGGAAACGAUCAGCUGGACGACCGGGCAGUGGAGCAUCUGUGCGGAUUCCUGCGGAGUCCACUCUGUCGCCUGGAGACUCUGCGACUGAACAGCUGUGGUGUGUCGCGAUCUGGCUGCUCGUCUCUGGCCUCAGCUCUUUGCUCCAACUCCCAUCUGAAAGAAAUCAACUUGUGGUACAACCUCCUGAAUGACUCGGACCUGCAGCCACUCUACCAGCUCGUCCGGAGCCCCCAGUGCCCCCUGGAGAGUGUGCUGCGAUAACAUCCAAUCCAACCACCUGCAGAACCAGGAUGAACCAGACUGAACCAGACUGAACCAGACUGAACCAGACUGAACCAGACUGAACCAGACUGAACCAGGCUGAACCAGGCUGAACCAGGCCCAGCCCAUCUGGAUGCUGUUCAAGUCAUUCCAAAGCUUUCUCUGUGAUGAAGAAGCCUCAGAAACCUCCCUGUCUCUGCUUUAUGCAGCCUGUCCUGGUUUGUCCUGUUCUAGUCCUGGUCCUGGUCCUGCCUCUGUGGUUUACACAUGUGAAUACUCUGGAUAAACAUGUACACAUGUGAAUACUCUGGAUAAACAUGUACACAUGUGAAUACUCUGGAUAAACAUGUACACAUGUGAAUACUCUGGAUAAACAUGUACACAUGUGAAUACUCUGGAUAAACAUGUACACAUGUGAAUACUCUGGAUAAACAUGUACACAUGUGAAUACUCUGGAUAAACAUGUACACAUGUGAAUACUCUGGA